AUGCUCGCUCUUAUCACUGUCGGAGUUAUCCUUGCCUAAGCAAUGAUUGUAGAUUGCGGAAAAUUCAAUCUUGAAGUUUUAGCUAAAAAAUUCACCUAGACUAAUCAAGUCAACUAUGUGUCUCCAACAUUUAGUACAGUUGGAACUAAUGGCUAUGCAGUUAUUGCUGUUGUGGCACCACCACUAGAAGCAAGUCAAAUCUCAGAUGCAAGAUUCGCAGGCCAGACAACUUAUAUCAUGCAAUCAUAUAUCAAUUUCAUUGAAGGUGCAGGAGCUAGAACUGUUCCACUAGUAUAUACACAAGACCUUAAUUCAGAACUAGCUAAAUUGGCAGACUUGAACGGCGUCUUGAUCCCAGGAAAUUCUAAUUCUAACCCAGACUAUGAAAAAUUCGUGAAAGCUGUCUUAGAUAGAGCAAAAUAAAUUUGUGAUGCUGGAAAAUUCCUUCCAGUAUUGGGAAUUGCUGAGGGUCUUACUCAAAUUGCUCAGUGGGCAGCUAAUAAAGAUGCUUCAACACUCUUGACCCCAAUCACAGAAUCAGACUCUAUGAAAUCACUAACGUUUGUUAACUCUGGAAACACUUAUAAGAUGUUCCAAGGACUUGGAGACAAAGCUCUUAUUUACUAAUAAUCUCCACUUACUUAUUUUGAUGUAAAGAGAGCCCUACUUCCAGCUAAAUUCACUAGUGGCUCAAACCUCAAUACUCUAUUUAGAGUAACCUCAACAUUCUCUGCUAAUGGCUAGCAAUUUGUUGCUUCAUUAGAAGGUAAAUCAUUACCAUUCUUCGCAGUUCAAUUUAAUGUUGACAGACCAUAGUAUCUAUUCACUCCUUAAUCAACAAGAGUAGAUCACUCCUACAAUGCUAUUUACUACAAUAGAUUCUUCGCUGAUUAGUUCGUCAAUUAUUGCAGAAGAAAUAAAAACGUCUAUGACAAUGCUGGAGUUGAGCUUACUGAAAACUUCAAGAAGGUAUUCACCUCUGGAAAAGAAGGUUUAGUAUACACCUUCCCUCAAAUAUAAUGA